AUGAUUCUUUCUCGUUGGUUUGCCUUUGCAAGUCUGCUUGGUGCUGCAAUUGCCGCACCAGGCAAGUCGCUUGCUAAGAGAACUACUGUUAGCGAGCUGCUUACCGAUAUCGAGGAUGUCGUUGAUUGUUCAGGGUGUGAGGCUUUGCUGGUGAUUCUCCAGACGCUCGCGCAUCUCGGCAACGAUGACUUUGUGGAUGUUAUCACCGAGGUCUGCAUUUUGGCUGGCAUAGAUGAUGACGAUGUGUGCGAAGGUGCGAUUUCUCGCGAGGGCCCAAUCUUGGCUCAUGACCUUCGCAACAUGGAUAUUCCAUCUCACACAGCCGUUUUGUUCUGUACCACCAUCUUUGGUCUCUGUGAUUAUCCUGCAGUCACUGAGUACACGAUCGACUUCCCCUCUGCCAAGGCAGCCAAUGCGACUCGACCAGAAUCCAGCGGAGAAACUCCGAUCCAAGUUGUCCACAUCAGUGAUAUCCACGUUGAUCUUUCUUACGAGGAAGGCGCAAAGUUUAAUGUUAGCUACAACUGUACCAAAAGUAUCUGCUGCCGUCCAUACACCUCAGCUGAUGCUCCCGGAAACACAAGCUACCCAGCUGGUGAAUACGGAAACCAUAAUUGCGACUCCCCCUUGGACUUGGAGGAGAGCAUGUAUGCAGCUAUCAAGAGCCUUGUUCCUAAUGCGGCAUUCACUAUUUUCACCGGCGAUGUUGUUGAGGGAGCAGUUUGGCUCGUCAACGAAACCGAGGUGACUAACGACCUCAACGACGCUUACAACACACGCAUGCCCGACUACCUCAGCUUGGUCUAUGGUGUGAUUGGAAACCAUGACGUUGCUCCUGUCAACUCUUUCCCCCCGUCCGAUAUCGACACUACCAUCUCCAGCCAGUGGGCGUAUGACACUUUGUCAUCCGACUGGACUCAGUGGAUUGGAUCCACGGCUGCCACCACCGCAGAUGACUACGGUUCCUACUCCGUACUCUACCCCGAUGGUAACCUUCGGAUCAUCUCCUUCAACACCAACUUCUACUACAAGGAGAACUUCUGGCUGUAUGAGGAGACAAUGCAAAGCGACCCUAACGGUCAGCUGGCAUGGCUUGUCGACGAGCUCGAUGCUGCCGAGACAGCAGGUGAGCGGGUUUGGCUUAUGGGCCACAUGCCCAUGGGCUCUGGUGAUACUUUCCACGAUGGAUCGAACUACUUCAACCAAAUCAUCCAGCGAUACGACGCCACCAUUGCCGCCGUGUUCUACGGCCACACCCACAAGGACGAGUUCGAGAUCGCAUACUCAAACUACUCCAACCCGACCUUUGACACUGCCACCAUGAUGUCCUACAUUGCCCCUGCUCUGACCCCAACAUCAGGAAACCCCACUUUCCGCGUCUACUCGGUCGACCCGGUUACGUUCGGUAUCCUUGAUUUCCAAGUCUACUUUGCCAACAUGUCGAGCUCCACCUAUCAGACCGAUCCCACGUGGGAGAAGUACUACUCGGCCAAGGAAGCGUACGGCUCCCUCCUCACCCCACCUGUCACCGACACUGCUGCCGAGCUGACCCCCGCAUUCUGGCACAAUGUCACUGCCCUCUUCGAUAGCGACGACACCGUCUUCCAGGACUACUAUGCUCGCAAGUCCCGCGGAUGGGACGUCUCUUCUUGCACAGGAGACUGCAAGACCGACGAGGUUUGCCAGCUUCGUGCCGCUGAGGCGCAGUACAACUGUGUCGAUAUCACGCCCGGUAUCAGCUUUAAGAAGGCCAAGAGAUCCACUUCGAGCAGCUCGUCCCACGAGGAGGGCUCUUGCGGUGAGUCAAUUAUCGGCAAGAUGUUUGCCGACUUCGAGACCACUGUCACGGCCCUGAAGAGCGCCGCCGACGCAAAGUUGGGAUCGAGCUUCUUGAACACCACCGUCAACAGCACCGUCACUGUUGACUAA